GUGAUGUCAAUAGGCUGCGACAUACGUGUUCUCCAAACUUGAUUUUUUUUAGCUUUUCUAUCGUGCCUCUCGUUUUGAUGCAGAAUCUUUACGGAUUAUGAUUAUUUGUUUCCCGGCAAAGGCUUCCUCUUUUGACAUGAACUCAGGUUUCUUUAUUAUUUAAAGAAGUUUCUACUUCCUUCCUGUCCAUUGAGGUGUUCUAUCCAUACUCGUAAUUGCUGCUUUUUGUGUGAGCCUCCACAUAGAAUUCAUUAGGUAGCUCAUUUAAGAUGUCUUUUGGACGAGGAGGCUUCAGAGGAAGAGGAGGAGGUGGUGGUGAUAGAGGGGGCUUCCGUGGUGGAGGGAGAGGUGGGGGCUUCAAUCGUGGGGGCUUCAAUCGUGGUGGAGGAGGACGUGGAGGAGGUGGUCGUGGAGGUUUUAAUAGAGGAGGAUUUGACCAGGGACCUCCAGAAAAUGUAGUAGUAUUGGGAGAGUUCAUGCACCCUUGUGAAGAUGACAUUGUUUGCAAGUGUACCGCAGAAGGAGUACCUUAUUUCAAUGCACCAGUUUACCUAGAAAACAAGUCUCAGAUUGGAAAAGUUGAUGAAAUCUUUGGACAACUCAGGGAUUUUUGUUUUUCUGUAAAGCUGUCAGAAAAUAUGAAAGCUUCUUCCUUCAAGAAACUGCAGAAGUUUUACAUUGACCCAGCAAAGUUGCUGCCUCUUCAGAGGUUCCUGCCAAGACCACCAGGGGAGAAAGGACCACCAAGAGGUGGUGGAAGAGGUGGCAGAGGAAGAGGAGGUGGUGGCCGUGGAGGAAGAGGUGGUGGUAGAGGAGGCUUUGGUGGAGGUACUGUAUCAUGA